AUGCUGGCAACUGGAUUCCAACAAAGAGGCCGCGCAACUCGGAGUAAAAGACCAGAGUUGUCAGCGGAGCAAAUUGAAGAAUUACGCGAGGUGUUUGUAUUGUUUGAUAUUAAUAAAAAAAAUAGCAUAGAUGCACGAGAAUUCAAGGCGGCUUUGCGCGCACUAGGUUUCGAUGUUAAAAGGGAACACAUCAUCAGUAUAAUGUCAGAGGCCGGGAAGGAAUUCAAUGAGACGAUCACUUUUGAAGAAUUCUGUCAAAUGAUGGUUGGGCGAAUGCCAGACAAAACAUCCAAAGAAGAAAUUCUAAAAUUAUUUCGUCUGUUCGAUGAAGAUGGCAACGGGAAAAUAAGUUUCCGUAACUUAAAGAAAAUCUCUUCAGAAGUGGGAGAAAAUUUAACAGACGAUGAGUUGCAAGAAAUGAUAGAUGAAGCAGAUCGUGAUGGAGAUGGAGUGGUUGAUUUUGAAGAAUUUUUUCGCAUUAUGAGAUACAGACACGACCCUCUAGAAGAUUCAGAAGAUGACGAAUAA